UUGUUUCUUCCUUUUUUUGUUUUAGAUUUACUCCUGUACUAAAUUCUUACUAGUAAUUUCCCAUUCCGGGCCCUCAUCAUUUAUGUUAUACUUUUCUGCUGAAUUUGAAAAUCUUAUUCUUGCAUUAUCCACUUUAGAUUAAAUUAACAAGCAUCUUCACCUAAAACAUCACAUAUUUACGUUAUUACUAUAGCAGAAAACUUCAAUUUUUUUAAUCUCCCACUACAUGGCAUUGAAUGGCUCUUUAGUUGUCAGAGUGUUUUAUUGUUCAAUUCCACUUCUCUUUUCCCCAUUUAUUUUUUACCUUCGCUCUACAAAUACUUACAUUUGAGGUAGUGUCACUAACUUUUUGUCCCAUCACGUACUUUGUUGUAUCUUCACCUUUGAGUAAAUUGUCCAUUUCAUCUCAGUAGCUGCUGUUUCUUUUUCUGUGCCUAUCUACAGUGAUCCUUCUUUAAACUUACAUAUAAAUCAGGGCUUACCCUGUAUAACCUUUUGUUUUAUACAUAUCACUGGUUUAUUUUUAUUAUAUUUUUUCCAUAAUUGAUGAGCAAGUUUUCUUUUCCCCUUUUGUAUUUCAGAGGAAAGAGACAUGGUCUUCCACUUAGUUUGGGACCCUAUAGCCAAAGUCAGAGAAUCAACUCCCAAACAGAACACUUCUGAAAAACAAGUAGUGCCAUGGUGUGACACUAGAAAAAUUUAGCAAAUUUUCAAAUGAUGAUUUCUAAAAUUUCACAUUAGAAGAACUGGAAUUUGAUAACCAGUUUGAGAAACACCAGUAAAACUAAAUUACAAGGAAACUCAAUUCAAGAGAAAGGCCAUGAAUAUAACUUGGGGGAAAUAUUUAAUCUGAGCUCAAACUUUUUUAAACAACUGUGAGUUUCUAAAAGAUAAAGAUUUCAUAAUGGCGAUACAAAUGGUAGGAGCUUAAAGCGUAAGUCUGCUUCAACUGAUUUUUUAAAAGGCAAUUUAUAAAUGAAAAAUAAUUUAUUAGAUAUAAGUAAGGAUGCAUUUAUAUCUAAAAUCUUACUUAUUCUAGGAACAAUUUAAAGGUGAGGCCAUAGUUCAGUGGUCAUGGAAUCUGAGAAAAUAGAAAAUUUAUGUGAGAGAGAGAGAGAGACAUGAAUGUAAACUAUGUGGUAAAACCUUCAGCCGGAACAGUAACCUUAUCCAGCAUCAAAGGAUGCAUACUGGAGAGAACCCUUAUGAAUGUCAUGAAUGUGGGAAAGCUUUUAGCAACAUUUCAGCCCUUACUCAACAUCACAGAAUUCACACUGGGGAGAAACCUUAUGAGUGUAAUGAAUGUGAAAAAGCCUUCAGCCACAGGUCCUGCCUUAGAAAUCAUGAGAGAAUUCAUAUGGGAGAAAAGCCCUAUCCUUGCCAUGAGUGUGGGAAAGCUUUUAGCCAUAUUUCAGCCCUCACUCAACAUCACGGAAUUCAUACUGGAAAGAAACUGUAUGCAUGUAUUGAGUGUGGAGAAAGCUUCAGCCAGAGCACCCAUCUUAUUGAGCAUCAGGGAAUUCAUUCUGGGGAGAAAUCCUACCAGUGUAAGGAAUGUCAGAAAGUAUUUUGCCACAGCACAUCAUUGAUUCAACAUCAAAGAACUCACACAGGAGAAAAGCCCCAUGAGUGCAAUGAAUGUGGAAAAGCCUUCAGCCACACCCCAGCCUUCAUUCAACACCAGAGAGCUCAUACUGGAGAGAAACACUAUGAGUGUAACGACUGUGGAAAGGCCUUCAACAGGAGUGCACAUCUUACUCAACACCAGAGAACUCACACUGGAGAGAAACCUUGUGUCUGUAAGGAAUGUGGAAAAACCUUCAGCUGAAGUACACACCUUACUGAACAUCUAAAAUUCAUUCUGGUGAGAAACCCUGUCAAUACAAU